AUGGCCUCCUCUGAUCUGCUCACAGGGACCGUGUGGGCUCAGCAGAUCAUCGUCUCCAUCUACAAGUUGUCCGUGGGUCUGGAGGAGAGUCAGAACAACAUGACGCAGAUGCCGUGGCUGGAGUUUGAGGCUCUGAAGAUGGACCACUCCAAACGACCAUCUCCUCGACUCUACUCCUCCCACCUGCCCCCAGCUCUCAUGCCCCCGGGUCUGAAGGAGGGGAAGGGGAAGAUUGUGCACGUAAUGAGGAAUCCCAAAGACAACAUGGUGUCGUAUUUCCACUUCAGCACCUCCUAUUCUGACCUCCCCACUCCCAAAAGCUUUGACCACUUCAUAGAGGAUUACCUAACGGGAAACGUCAUGGGAGCUUCGUCGUGGUUCGAUCACAUCCAGCAGUGGUACUGGCCCGGUGAAAAGUACGACAUCCUGCAUCUGACCUACGAGCAAAUGAUAAAGGAUCUGAGAGGAGCGGUCGUGAGAAUCUGUAAAUUCUUGGGCCAAAAUCUCAGCGACGCAGCCAUCGACGAAGUUGUGGAAAAGUCCAGUUUCAAGUCGAUGAAGAACAACUCCAAAGCCAACUACAAGUUUGUCGGAGAUCGGCUCAAGGGAGACUUCCUGCGCAAAGGAAACAUCGGAGACUGGAAGAACGUCCUGACGCCGGCUCAGAGCGACCGAGUGGAUCAGCUGAUCAAGGAGAAACUGGGAGACCUCGACAUCACCUUUACCUUCGAAUAA